UCCAGCCUCGGAAUCCUGGAGCGGCCAUCAAGCGGCAACCCCUCAGCGAAGACCAUGAGUCGCAUCGGGCACAUCGAGUCUUUCGACGAUACGACGAGCGACUGGCGCUCCUAUGAAGAAAGACUGGCGUCAUACCUCCUGGUAAACGAGGUUCCCGAAGGUAAGAAGGUUCAUGCCUUCUUGAGUCUCAUCGGUCCGAAGACGUACGCUUUGUUGAAGUCGCUUACGGCCCCGCAGUCACCGUCCGAAAAGUCGUUUACCGCGUUACUCAAGCUUCUGGGCGAUCAUCUUGCGCCGCAGCCAUCCGUCAUAGCGGAAAGGGCGAAGUUCUACAAGCGUUCGCAAGAAGAAAGCGAGUCCAUCGCCGAAUUUGUAGCGGUACUUCGAGAUCUAGCACAGAGCUGCGAUUUUGGAGGCUUUCUUGAUGAGGCGCUACGCGACCGUUUUGUGUGCGGCCUCCGCCGAGAAGAUGUGCAGCGCGUCCUCUUCACAGAAGACAAAAAGCUGACUUUCCAGAAAGCCGUAGAGAGGGCUCUUGCGAUGGAAAUAGCAACUAAAAGUGCAGCGUUAACGCACACCAGCGGUGCAUCGGUCCCUGACGUCCACAAGGUUCGGGUCGACCACAAAGCGCGGAUCGACAAGCAAGUACCAGAGCAGUCAAGUUGUUUCCGUUGUGGCUCGACCAACCACCGCAGUGAUGCGUGCCCCCACGUCGGUGACACAUGUUUCAAGUGCAACCGGAAAGGGCACAUUCAGCGCGCCUGCCGUUCGGGUAACAAGAAGCCGACAAAAUCGAAACGACAAAGGCAGGUGAAAACGCUGACGUCCGUUCACGACGCGGUAUCUCUGCAAGCGGUCAAGGCUGCGGGCUUGGAACCGAUCACCGUACCCAUAAACGUUGACGGUGUGAAGCUUACAAUGGAACUUGACACAGGCGCAGCUGUGUCCGUUGUCUCCUUGGCUGAAUUUCGGAAGCUGUUCCCAAGAAAGCAGCUACAACCUACAACGCUGACACUUCGCACGUAUACAGGAGACUUUGUGAAGCCGAAGGGUCGGGCCUUGGUCUUUGUGCAGCACAACGACCAAAGUAAGGAGCUUCCACUGUACGUCGUGGAAACCAAGGGACCGGCAUUGCUUGGCAGAGAAUGGCUGCGAGAAAUUCGGCUAGACUGGAAGAACCUGGUCACUGUCAACAGGCUCGACACGUCGGAGAGUCUCAAACAAAAGUUGGACGCCUUGUUGGAGAACCACAGCGACCUGUUCAAAGAUGAGCUUGGCACCAUUUGUGGAGAACAAGCCGAACUUUUUCUUCGUGAAGGUUCACAGCCGAAGUUUCUGAAGGCUAGAAGCAUUCCAUUCGCACUGCAAGCAGCAGUCGAAACAGAAUUGGCAAAAAUGGAAAAGUUGGGAGUCAUCACGCCCGUUCGAGUCACGACUGCUCGGGGCAUAUAUAUCUGGCGCCGUCACCAAGACCAGAUGCUUCAUCAUCGUGAAAACUCGAUGCAAGCCACAUCAGACGGAUUCCUGCCCGACCUGAGGGAUCCAGAGAACUGCGUCGACGAGCCUGUGGUCAGUGAGUUUGCAACCACCCCACAGAGGGCAACCGACAGUCCCGCUGUGCAACAGCGCUACCCCACAAGACAUCGUCGUCCUCCAGACAGAUACGACGCAUAA